CCGAACGCAACCGAUAAACGCGUUGGAACGCCCCGAUUGUUGAGGCUAACUUUACCUGUGAUUUGAAGCAUUAUUUGUGGAUGUUUCGCCAUACCGCACACAAGCCAACGCAAACAGAUCGAUUCUGUUUCACCAGCAUGGGAGGUUAUUUAUUUCAAACAUUCCCCCACAAGGCUAAAGGGCUGCCGCAAACGUGACCGACUUUAAUGCGGCAACAUGCGACAAGGGUCGUAUGUGUCAAUCGGCUUUCUUCCAUGACCGCAGUAGUAUACACGGGAUGUGUCUCGGCUCUGCAGCUCACCUUGUGCCGACAUUAGCUGACAGUACCGAUACGAUGAGACACAAAGUGUAUACCGUGCUCUUCCUGCUUGUGUGUAGUAUUCUGGUGAGGAUCUACUUUGUCAGGGUGACGGGAGUCAUGGAUAAAACAACCACUGAAGACUAUCAUAACCACCCACGUGUUGAACUCCUUCAACAGCAAACAACACAUUCCCCAAACGUGGCUGUUCAAAGGAAACACAUAACGCUGAACUUCCAAGGACGUCUUGGAAACCUCAUGUUCGAGUACGCAUCUCUCUAUGGUAUUAGCCGAAAAAAUAACCUCACAGCAGUUGUGCCUCGAACUUUAUCGUUAUUCAAUUACUUUAACCUCACAGCAGAAAAGUCUAAUAAUGUUCAAGCAUAUUCAACCACAUACAUCGAAAAGAGAGGAUGUGCCUUUGAACCGGAAGCUAUGCAGCUCGGGAACGGAAAUGACGUCAGACUCGAAGGAUAUUUUCAGAGCUGGAAAUAUUUUCAGUUUGUCGAGAAGGAACUUCGUCACAUCUUAAAGUGGAAAGAAUCUACAUUUAGGCAAGCGAAUGACGUGUUUCGGAAUUUAGUUCAAUAUAAACAAGAUUCCAUAUACAUCGGUGUCCAUGUUCGACGAGGGGAUAUGGUUCACAGUGCUCAUAUGGUCAAUUACGGGUAUAUAUCUGCGGACAAAGGUUACUUGGACAAAGCAUUGACCUAUUACAGAUCUAAAUUCAAGAACGUCAGUUUUAUUGUCGUUUCCGACGACGUAAAAUGGUGCGAUGAGAACAUUAAAGGUGAAGAUGUGCACAUUUUGAGAAAAAACAAUUCUCCCGAAGUUGACAUGGCCAUAUUGACACUCUGCAACCAUACAGUAAUUACAUCCGGGUCGUUUGGAUGGUGGUCAGCUUGGCUGGCAGGAGGUGAGGUUGUGUACUACAAAGGCUACCCACGUCCAGGGUCGAAGCUGUUUGAACUGCUCGUGCCAGAUGACUACCGGCCGCCAUCUUGGAUUGGGAUGUAGUGCACUCAUCACACUUCUGUGGAACUUACGGAUCAGUUUGUGGUUACAUGUUCACCAGUCUUUCAACAUAAGCUGUUUAUUUGACAAUGUCCAUGUUCAUUGAGCGUUAUAUAGAAGUUGUAUAAUGCUGAAGGGGUCGUUGUCGGCACGGGUACUACAGAUAUGUACCCUAGGUACUUUUCGGUAUACAGAAAUGUACCUUAACCAAAAUCAGAAUACAGAAUGGUACCCAGGACCCAAAACGGCGCACAAGUCCAUAUUCAUCAAACCUAAACCGGUUCAUGUUUCUGUUCGGAUCUCCUUGCUAAUUACGAGUACACGUUGUGAAUCUCACUACCUCCAACAGUGUGUAUGCUCGUUAGUUUAUAGCGCCCUGGAUUGCAUCGCAUUCAACAGUUUCACAGGUCCGAUUCAGAAAAUGAAUAAAAUCUCACAUGUUCAGAGAUAUUUAGACGAACGCUUACUGCCAUGCUGGAUUUUACCGCGGUUUGACUUACAGGAAGUACAGUCUACGCAUGCGUGCAAGGAACUAGUUUAACGCACUGCGCAAUGGACUUAUCCCAGGGUACUGUUCUUUACUCUGAUUUUGGUCAAAGGCGACGGCCCCAUCAGCAUUAAUUAGUGACAACAAUGAUGAUCAGCUUCGACAUAACACAUAGUAGCGACGGAUUGUAUUCUAAGGGUGCUAGUCAACACGAACGAGACAAAAUGAUAAAACAAUGACCCUUAUUCCUGAUACGAAAUAGAAAGUGAUAUAGGGGCCGUUUUGACCAAAUCUUAAGGUCCGUUUUGGCGCUGGUCAGUUUUGACUAGUAUAGGAGUCUUAACAGUCAUCAGGUCCCCCUUACAAGUAAAAUUCACAUAAUGUGUUUUCUUGCGUCCGUCGUCGUACCAACCCCCUUGUCCUUGUAUCGCAAUACUUCCUAGUUCUUUCAAGUGGAAGGUUGCUGUCAGAAUUAUUUAAAUAGGUGUUAGAUUUAAUUUAUUCUUUGCCAUGAAUUUAUAUGUUGGGAGAACAUGAAUACAUAUCAUACAAAUAGUUAUAACAUAUAACAUAGAAACAUAGAAACGGGCUCCGUCCGUCCGUCCGUCCGUCCGUCCGUCCGUCCGUCACGUUUAGUUUCCGGAGCAUAACUCAGAAACCGUUAAAUAUUUUUUCAUGCAACUUUGAGGGUCUGUCAAGUACAUCAUGAACUGGUGCCUUUUGCUAUUUAGUAAUUUUAGUAAUUUUUGCUUUUGUACGUUUCCAUGGCAACAAGAUGGUCUUAGGUUCUGUGAGGGUAGGGUUCGUUUCCGGAGCAUAACUCAUAAACCGUUCAAUAUUUUUUCAUGAAACUUUGCAGGUCUGUCAAGUAUAUGCUGAAC